UGGAGCAUGCGUGGCAACGAUUUGUGCAGCUGGUUGAUGCCUCUCACUGAGCCACCAGUCCGAGCUGGGAAAGGAGGUGGGAGGAAAGAAGAGACUGAAGUUAAAGUUAUUGACCCACCACCACCAGCUGCAGUAGUAGCAGCAGCAGGAGUGUACCUUGGCGGGUCCGGAGAUCCCUGGCUCCGAGGGAGCUCUUUCUGCUUGGGAUCAGUCCUAUCGAAGCAGUUUAAGCAAGGAAGGGGAAGAGCGGGACUGUUUUGCAACCCACGCGGUGAACAUGGUUGCUGGUAUUUGGCUGUUCGGGCACUCUAAUAAGAGGACUUAGCCUGAGGAUGGGGCUUUCUCCCAAGUGGUGCUCACAAUGGCCAGAGAGGACUCAGUGAAGUGUUUGCGCUGUCUGCUUUAUGCCCUCAAUCUGCUCUUCUGGUUGAUGUCCAUCACAGUUUUAGGAGUUUCUGCCUGGGUGAGGGACUAUCUGAAUAAUGUUCUCACUCUAACUGCAGAAACAAGGGUAGAGGAAGCUGUUGUCUCCUCUUAUUUUCCUGUUGUUCAUCCAGUCAUGAUUGCAGUCUGUUGCUUCCUUAUUAUCGUUGGGAUGUUGGGGUAUUGUGGAACAGUAAAAAGAAAUCUUUUGCUCCUCGUAUGGUAUUUUGGAAGUUUGCUUGUGAUAUUCUGUGUUGAACUGGCUUGUGGCGUUUGGACCUAUGAACAAGAAAUUACGGUUCCUGUGCAAUGGUCAGACAUGAUCACUUUGAAAGCCAGAAUGACCAAUUAUGGCUUACCUAGAUAUCAGUGGCUUACUCAUGCUUGGAAUUUCUUCCAGAGAGAGUUUAAAUGCUGUGGAGUAGUAUACUUCACUGACUGGUUGGAAAUGACAGAGAUGGAUUGGCCUCCUGAUUCUUGUUGUGUAAGAGAGUUCCCAGGAUGCUCCAAGCAAGCACACCAAGAGGACCUUAGUGACCUUUAUCAGGAGGGUUGUGGUAAAAAGAUGUACACUUUCUUGAGGGGAACCAAGCAAUUGCAGGUGCUUCGAUUUCUUGGGAUCUCUAUUGGGGUUACCCAAAUUCUGGCUAUGAUUCUUACUAUCACUUUAUUGUGGGCUCUGUAUUAUGACCGACGGGAUCCAGUGGCUGAUCGAGUGCUGUCCUUGAAGAAUGACACAAACCAGCACCUGUCAUGUCAUUCAGUAGAGCUGCUGAAACCCAGCCUGACAAGGAUCUUUGAACACACGUCCAUGGCAAACAGCUUUAACACACACUUUGAAAUGGAGGAACUAUAGGCUGAUGAAAAAGAUCUGAGAGUGAAUGAAAUCUCUUUCUGUUUUUCAAGUGCACCGUUCUCGUUAAUUGAUAUUAGAAAAGAAAAUAGGCAACAGUGAUAUUCUUAAGACAGACAAGGAUCUUGCUUUCUGUCUCUUAAAACUGUGUUGUGGUUCUAACCCUAGUUUUUACUAUCUUUUUUACUACUAGUAUUCACUAGUAAAAAGUGCUGUUUUUUACUUCGUUUGAGUAAACUGUCUCUUCCCUGUUCUCCAUGCAUGUGUGUUCUAUAGAACUGUACGUGUUACAAAUACUGUUCUGCUCACUGCUGCAGAAAGCAAUACAGCAUUUUUUUCAAAACCAGCUUUUUUACCAAAAAAAAUUCAUGAUUUUUGUUGGGCUGCCUGAUACAGCCCUUUUUAAGAGAACAAUGGACAACUGGUUCAGCACUGAAAGCCUUACUGAGAAUAUAUCAGGAAUGGAGGGCCAUAGCCAAUCAUGAUUUGUCUGUUGAAUGUAACUUAAGUAAUUUUUGUAUUAUUGUGAAGAAAUGUUAGAUGGCAAACCUCAUAUGCUGGGAUAUAUUGCACUGUGAUAUACUUAUUCUGGAAUUUAUCAUAUCAGAGCAAACUCUCAGAGUCAGUCCUGUUCAAAUCCUGAGUAUGUUUCUAAAAGCUGUGAGUUUGGAAAAAUAGGGAUAGCUGUCACUUGCCUCCAUGCUUCUGAGCGUUUAGAAAGUAUUGUUCCUUUUCAAACUAAUCAACACAGUCACGAGGGCCAGAAACUUGAAAUUGUGACAUUCUUGGAAUUUAGCUGGAACAUAUAACCCUAAACAGACAGCUAGUGUUGCAUAUAAGAAACUAUUUCAGAGUGGUGCUUAUCUCAGUGCGGGGAUGCAAAUUUCCAUCUGCAUAGGAAGAUGGACUGAAAGGCUUGCUGAUAUCCUUACGCGGAGAUGCUACUGUUUGUAUACAUAUGAGAACGGUAGCACGUGCACAUGAUAUUCAGGGGAUCUGCAUGUACUUCCUUUGUGUAUCAGUUAACAGUUGCAUCCAGUGCAGAUUUACACAUACUUAAGUAGAAUCCUCUCUCUCUCUCCCUUUUGUAUUGCAACAUUCAGGGUAUGUUGAAUAGUUUUCCAGAACAGUCACGAAACCCAAUAACCCAUGGGCACGGUGGCCCAAGCCACUUGCAUCAAACCAUUAUAGGAAAAGAUCAGGGAUUUAUUUGUAUAUAAAUGGUGUGUGUUUGUAUAGCAGAAUUGCAAUCCAUAUGAAUGCUUUUUUUAAAAAAAAUGUAGCUCAAUUUUUAAAGGAGAUAGCUUAAACAUUUUCCUAACAUGACUUUUUAACUUUUUAAAUUAAAAUAUUUGGUCUAAGGUGAAUUUUAAAAAUAUUGUUAAGUGAGUGCAGACUUGUAUCUCAAAUGUGAUCCACUUUUAAUUUUUUUUAAACUAAUGAAUGUUUUGAAACUAGAUUUAAUGAGGAAUACACUAUAUUUUUUGACAAGAGAUCACUGUACCCAUACACACACACACACACUCACUUUUACAACCUUGUGCACAGUCCACAUAGAGUUUAAUAUUGGUGAGCCAUACCAUAUUUAUUGAGAGAGGGUUUCAAAUAUCUUUAAUUGUCCCACUGGCAUCAGGGAAACUUACAGCUCAAUCCUAAGCAGGGUUUCACUCUUUUCUGAGUCUGUUUUAUCAGGGGUGUAGUAUGAGACUCUGCCUGCAUUGUUUGCACUGUUAAACUCUGUCUGGAAACGUUACCUUAGCUUUUGGUCUUCUCCUGUGGCUUACAUGAAGCCUCUGGACCUGUCUGUUCUGCAGGCAGAGUUUCAAGGAUCACCCAUACUCUGCUACCCCGUUUCUCCAAAAAUAAGACAUCCCCUGAGAAUAAAACGUAGUAGAGGUUUUGCUGAAGUGCUAAAUAUAAAACAUCCCCCGAAAGUAAGAUGUAGCAAAGUUUUUGUUUGGAAGCAUGCCCGUCGAA